AUGAAGGUCUUUUUCGGAAUGUUGGUGAUUGCAUCACUUUUAUUUUGUCUUGAUGCUGAACGCAGGCCAAAAGGUCCCAAGGAGAAAGGUUCAGGCACGCAUGAAACGCCGAUUACGAUUGCCUUCCUAUUGGAUUCGAACGCAUUUUUAAAUGAAGACGCAGCUCGGAAUUCCACAGUUGGAAAUUGGUUGAAUAGUGUCCUAGAAAAGGCGCAACAAGAGUUAAACAAAGAGUUUCAAAUGAAAAUAAAAUUUAACAUUACGGAUAUUAAUAUGACUGAUAUCACCGACACGCAAAAAUGUCCAUAUUUCUGUGCCCGCAAUGUAAUAAAUGCUAAGCAUUAUAUGGACUAUCUAAAGCAGUCUUAUGAAAGCAAAGUGAGCCCCGAUAUGAUUUGUGUUGUUGGAGAGUGA